UGUCCAAUCAGCGGCGUUGACGUUGGAGUCCCCUUCUGUUGUCUCAGGGAGGUGACACCUAGACGAAAUCCUGCUUUAUUAUUCCUUUUAUAUCGCUUAAAAGCUUUUCAUUGCCGCCAUGUCUUCCUUUGGGAAGAUGUUGGGCGUCCUCCGGGGUGGUACUCGGCUCAUCAGACGCGCCCCCCAAAGGAUAAUGACAAGAAAGGCGAGCGGUGGACCGCACAUAGAACCGCAGUAUCGGCAAUAUCCUCAACUCACUAAAAAGCAGAAAUUUGAAUCGGAGCUGCUCAGCGGCGCCAUGUGGUUCUGGAUCCUCUGGCACUGUUGGCACGACCCCGAUGCAGUCCUGGGUCAUUUCCCUUGGCCCGAUGCUUCCCAAUGGACCGAUGAGGAGCUUGGAAUUCCAGCUGAUGACGAGGAAUAAGAUCAGCGUGACCUCCAGGAUUCCCUGAAACUUGUCAUUGUACAUACAAUAAAUCUUCUAAGUUA